GUAGAAAGGGAGUCAGAAAUGUACUUUUAAACUCGAGCUGGGCAGGAACUUGAGUGGAAUUUUAAUUCGGCACUGCUAUUUGACAACUGGAGCCCUCUGCGACGCAUGUGUGACCAGUCGCUGGCUGGGAUUUUCAUGGACCCAGUCACCAUUGAGUCAAAUUCGAUCUGACAAGACCUCGGCAUCUCUGGGAAGCGCAGCUUUUUGCAGAAAGCAGCAACCGCACAGCUCAAUCACUGUUGCCGUGAGAGUUAAAGGUGAAAAGGGAAACAAAGAGACAGCGGGAAGAGUUGUCUCUGAAUUUGUCUUUGUGUCUAGAAUGAAGCCGGCCCUGGAAACCACGACCCCUGAGGACAACCGUGAACUAAGCCAAGAAAGCAAAGGUUGCUUUGAGUGCUGCAUUAAAUGCCUCGGCGGAGUCCCGUAUGCAUCGCUGGUGGCGACGAUUUUGUGCUUCUCCGGAGUGGCGUUGUUCUGCGGCUGUGGUCAUGUGGCCCUCACGAAGGUGGAGAGGAUUGUGCACGUGUACUUCUCCACCAACCCCAGCGACCAUGUCAUGCUGAUUGACGUCAUCCAAAUAAUGCAGUAUGUCAUCUACGGAGUUGCUUCCUUCUUCUUCCUGUAUGGAAUCAUCCUCCUGGCGGAAGGGUUUUAUACCUCCAGCGCUGUUAAGGAAAUCCAUGGCGAGUUCAAGACAACCGCGUGUGGACGUUGCAUCAGUGGAAUGUUUGUGUUCCUGACUUACCUGUUGGGAAUAACCUGGCUGGGAGUCUUUGGCUUCUCUGCUAUCCCAGUCUUUAUUUAUUACAACAUGUGGUCGGCCUGCCAGACCAUCAUCUCCCCUCCGACGGGGAACCUGACCACACCGAUUGACGAAAUCUGCAUGGACGUGCGACAGUUUGGCAUUAUACCCUGGAACGCCUCCCCUGGCAAAGCUUGUGGCUCCAACUUGACCGUUAUCUGCAACACAUCCGAGUUUGAUUUGUCCUAUCAUCUGUUCAUCGUAGCUUGUGCUGGAGCUGGUGUGACUGUCAUUGCACUGCUCAUCUACAUGAUGGCUACCACAUAUAACUUUGCUGUUUUGAAGUUUAAGAGUCGAGAAGACUGCUGCACAAAAUUCUAAGUUGCUAUAGAAGCAGUAUACAGAGCUCCAUGAGCUGCAUUGUGUAGCGUCAACUACCACUCACACCAUGGACUAAAACAGAAUUUAUUAAUCUGCAUUUUGCAAAUGAAAAUUUGUAAAUAGCAUAAGAAAGCUUCAUUUAGUAUCAACUCACUCUUUUUAGUUUCUUAUUUUAACUAACAGCCACCACGAGAGUGUAAGAUCUGGCUAUUUUUGUUUUCUAAUGUGGGGAUCCAGCAGAUAAAAUCACCAGUGGCAGAAAACAUAGUGAGGAAUACAAAUUGCGAUCCCAAUCCAAUGGUUCUAAAUAGAUUGUUCCAAGGUCCACCUGGAAGCCAACAAUUGGUUUUAUCUGCCAUUUAAUAAAUCAAUUUACCUCUUGCCAGUCAAUUUGCCAAUACUAAGCAAAUUUCUCAACAACCAAACAUAUUUUGAAAAGGCUUAAGUCUGAAAACACAUAGUAGAUAUUAGUUUGGUGUCAUUAUACAUCAAUACAAAUAUAUGUACAUUGAAAUGUAGCAUAUCACAAUAGACAAGAGGGAUUGCCAUUAUAGUUGAGCAAGAUUUUAAGGCUUGCAAACAUUUGGAGUAUCAGGCUAUAUUUUAAAACUCACUUUCAUAUUUCUAUAUUUUAUAACCUGUGUGUUUUGGAAAUUUGACUGGAGCUAAGUUGCGGAGAAUGUCGUUUAAUAAUCUUUGGAUAAAAUAAAAACAGAAAAUUCUGGAAUACUCCGCAAAUUCAGUAGCAUCUGCUAGCUUGCAAACAACGUUUUUUUUACUGUAUCUCAGUAUCCAUGACUAUAAAUAAACCAAUGUUAACAAGCAUCACUCAUCUGAAACGGUAAGAUUAUACAUUAUUGCCGAGUCCCAAACUUUUCAUUGACAUACAAAUCUAAUGUAGAUUUAUGCCUCCUUUAGUUACCAGCACAAUAGUUUUUCAGAUAAACUUUACGGUCAUUGAUGACAAAGUCAGAACAUACUCCAAAACGCUUUUCUAUAGAGCCUUUAAUUUUAAACAAUCUCCUGUUAACAGAACUAGCUCUUUGUCUUGUGCAUAUUUGACCAAGGACAACUUAAGGAUAUAAUUAGAAAUACAGACAUUUUAGUUGUCACAAACGCACAUUUUUCUAUUUUGUUUUAAUUUUCAAACAAAUAUAAAUUUAGAUUUUGGACAUAUUAAUGCACUCUUUCAGUUAGUCUUUUCACCAUCUUUGGCAUCUUACACUGUCCCAAUGAAACUCAAAGUACAUUUGAGGCGCUGCACCUCUUCGCCUGAUAGACAAUGCAUGAACAAUAUCAGUUGAUUAGCAUUUCUAGUUCCUCCCUGUUACAUUCCCCACAUUCAUAGUUUUAUUUUCAUGGUCAUUUCUGAUUAUUUUUCAGCCUCACCCAGCCAUUACUUUUCCUCCAGAUCUCUUUUGUCAUUUGCUAACCCCUUUGCUACCAUCUCUCAUUCUAAAUUACAAAUGGAAUGAUAGUAAUUUGACCUCCGUGACAAAUUUUAAAAUUAGUUUGAUCUCUAACUUUGAUCUCAAAGUUACAAUACGAGGUAUUUGACCUGAAACAUUAACUCUGUUAUUCAUUCUACAGAUGCUGCUUGACAUGCUGAGUAUUCCAUCACUUGGUUUUAUUCCUGUUUCGAUUGUUUAGUUUGUAUUGGAUGAUAGUUUAAAACCACGUAAAUUUCUAACUCAACGCUAUAAAAGGUUUUAUGCAGGGGGGAACGUGUAACAAUAAAACAUUAUAAAAUUAUACACUCGCCACCCAAAAAAUUACUGAACAAAGUACUUUAUGUUGCAAUGGAGCAGCUUAAAAAUUAUAUUGAGACAGCAAGUUCUCUUGAUCAUUAAAUCAUUGAUCAAGAGCAAACGAUUAGUUGAGUUUAAUAAACAGUUGUGGUCCUGGAAAUAGAUUCUAUGAAUAGCCAGAUCAUACAUCUGACACAAGGCAAAGAUGUUUCAGUUGUGGAAACAUAGAGAAGGUGAGAAAUAGAUAUGCUUGGUUUAAAAUAAAAUGUUGUGAAAUGUAGGUGUCUUUGGCCCAACCUUGACUCCCAAACCCCUUCUUCCACCAAGUAGGUUUCUUCAUUAUGAAGCUGAGAAUACACCUUACUGCAGCUUAGUAAGCGAUUAAGAAAGACUACAUUAAAUACUAAUAGCAUUUUCCCUUGCAGUCAGUGUUGGCGGCCAAGAAAUAGUUAAUUGUAUCUUGUAAUUAAGUGUAACACUUGCCUUUGCCAGAAAACUUUUUUUAAAUCUUCAAAUGUGCCAUUAUAAUAUUUGUUAACCUCAAAACUGCAUGCUUUACACUUGUUUUUUUUUUAGUUACCUUUUGUUACAAAGGUUCCCACUUUUCAGCAUUAUUUAAUUUUCUUAAUACAGUAUUUUGCAAUUGUAUGUAUAGACACUUUAUUGACUUUCAGUCAUUUUUUUCUUCAUAUACUCAAAAUAAACAUGCUUUCUUUACAAAA